AUGGUACUUAGACCCUCCAUCUCCCCCAAAUGUGCAAAGCCAACCUUCGUAGUGCCCGAAUAUGUGAAGAAGAUACUGGACGCUUCAGCAGUUGCAAAGGGCACCUGGAGACCUCGAUUACGUCUGGUGGGCAACGAUGUCCCGUCAGUCGAUAUCGCGAUAGUAUGCUGCAACGAAGACCUGUCCGUGAUACUCGAUACGGUGAGAGCCGCUUUGAACACAGAUUGGCCGAGUGACAGGAUCCGUAUCAUUGUCUCAGACGACGGGGCUCAAAAGAGUGUUGCAAGGGGUGUGCAACGCCUACAAGAGCAGUACCCCAACAGUCACCUCUUCUACACGGCACGUCAGAGGACUCCUGCAAACAGUCACAAAGCAGGUAAUCUCAACCACGUACUCGAGUACACGGCAAGACUUCCAGGAGGCCAGGCACCAUUCAUUGCGGGAUUAGAUGCCGACAUGAUCCCUGCGAGACACUGGCUGAGAGCACAAUUACCACAUCUGCUCGGGGAUCCAAAGAUGGCAUUUACCUGUCCACCAUCUUGCUUUUAUAACGUUCCUAUGGAUGAUCCCCUGUCGCAGUCGCUCUUCGUCUUCCACAAGUUCGAAGAGACGAUCAAGGAUGGAGCAGGCAUCGCGUGGUGCACUGGAUCUGGUUGGGUCAUGCGACGGACAGCCCUGGCCGAGAUAGGCGGCUUCCCUUCGCAAUCACUAACUGAGGAUAUUCUUUGUGGCAAUCUCCUCAUUGGCAGAGAUUGGCGGUCAGCAUACGUGAAAGAAGAGCUACAGUGGGGUCUUGUACCAGAAACAUAUAGUGCACAUAUUCGGCAACGUACGCGAUGGAGCACCGGCGGCUUUCAGGCAGGUCUAAUCAUGAAGCUGGGUCUCUAUGGAGAUCUUUCGGGCGGUCUUACCGGCUGGCAGCGAGCGUACACUUUUUGGUAUCUUGUUCACAACGCGACAGCCAUACUGAAAACGCUGGAUGUCAUAAAAACUCUGGUGAUGCUUCUGGCUGGUUGGCCUGUCGUCAUGUAUACAGGAACAGAGCAAUUAAUCGCCCUUGUUCGAGUUGCAUCUGCAGUUCACGCUUUGCUCUUUGUACGCCAAUGCUUGAUGGCCUAUGUUUGCGGUUAUGGAGCUAGCUGCCGUGAGCUACUUUGCGCACAUUUCCUAAAUCCAUACUAUGCGGUCAACCAUUGCAAGACGUUCUUGCUACCCAAAUGGCUCGGAGGGUAUCCCAACGCUUUCUUCGCCAAGUUCCGUUCAACGGGAAGCUUGCCCGACGAACUUCAUGAAAGAAGCCGUUUGCGCAGGGCUUCUCUGAGGGAGCGUUUAAGGUCAAUUAUGAUCAAAGACGGUGGAAGUUUCCACUUGUGCAUCGCUUUGGCGUUAGUUGCGGGGAUCAUGAGCAACCUCAAAACGGCCUCGAAUCUUCACGGUCUAGCUUCAAGGGACGCGUUCCUUUACCUUCUUCCACGGGUACUAUGGGUGACUACUCUCUGGCCUACGUAUACUGUGGCUUUCUUCCAGCCGUUUUACUACGCCAUUUGUCCUCCAACAAUGCCUGACCGGGAGCUUUUGCUUCACCGUGAUGCUGCAGGUGUUGCUUAUCCCACCCAGCGGGCCAAAAACCCAAAAUCUCCAGUUAGAGGACUGGGAAUCGAACUAGUCAACACUGUCUCUGAGCUCUGGGCGAUAGUUUUGCUCCUCUGGUUCUGGUAA